AUGGAAGUUCUGUGUAACGUGGACGAGCUGUUUGAGAGAGAUGAGCUGUCAGCGGCUCCCGACCCUGGCUGGCCUGACUGCUUCAACUCCGGCGUGUUUGUCUUUAGACCCUCCCUCCAAACCCACGCCAGCAUCCUAGAUCACGCCCUGCAGCAUGGCAGCUUUGACGGGGGGGACCAGGGCCUGCUGAACUCUUUCUUCAGUAGCUGGCCAGUGGAAGACAUCAGUAAACACCUGCCAUUUGUCUACAACCUCAGUGCCAGCUCCGUCUACAGCUACCUCCCUGCUUUCCAGCAAUUCGGCCACAAUGCAAAGAUCGUCCAUUUCUUAGGACCAGCGAAACCCUGGAGUUCCAGCAGCAAGGCGGACGACGGCAGCUCACACACCAUGGAACACUUUGUAUCUCUAUGGUGGAAGGAAUACCUCAGUCACUCAAAAUCCUUUCAACCAGGGGAACAGCUCAGCCAAGACCGAGAGAAACCAGAACAGAUCCAAGAACAGGAAGCCAAGAUGUCAUUUAGGGAAACCUUGGACAGCUCCAAUUCACUGCUCGCACAUUUUUCACCUCCUUCUGAGAGGCCUCAUUCACCAUCUGAACCAAAGACGAGUUCCCUCACAGAUAACACACCGUUGGAGGUACAGUCAAGAUCAUCUGAGAGCACCGAGAUCCAGGACCCACUGUUUGGAGCAGAGGGCGGCGAGGGCAGCAAGGGCAGUGAGGGCAGCAAGGGCAGCGAGGGUGCCACGGACACGGAAACACAUCCUACGGCAGCAGACAUGGAAGCAGAGCGGCUGGAGCAUCGCAGGCAGUGGGAGGUCGGGCAGAUUGACUACUUGGGCAGAGAUGCCUUCCAAAACAUCCAGAGGAUGCUGGACCGCUUCCUGGAUUAACAAAUCACACACAUGAGCAGCUGUAUAACCCAAACUGACCUGUGUCCUUUUUUAGUUUCCUGUUUGGUAGAGUUUAGUCUGAACACAACAGUGACUGCUUUUCUAUGCUGUGAUGUCAGGAUUUGACUGAUAUGUGUUUUUUGUCUUUAAAGUCCCUAUGUUUAGGACUUCUGACACCUAGUAGUAGCAUCACGAUGAUACAGCUAAGAGUGAGACAUACCACUCCCACCCACACUGAGACUGACCUGAAGAGGGAAACAAACACAUACACUGAACUAACUUUACCAAGAUUGUUUCAUUUUUCUACAAACAAAAAUCUAUAUCACCAAAUCCUUUGAAAGAUGAUAAAAUCUACACUUUAAUAUUUGAUAUUUUGUGCCAUUGUCAAUAAACAACUUUCAGUUGAAAUACUAGAAACCACUACUGUGGUUUUCUUUUUGUCAAGUGGAAUAAAAAGUUAAAAUAAUUUUAACAUGAAAUAGUAGGGUAAACAUAAUUAAGGUUACAUUCCAUUUAGUGUAGCAGAGCCUUCUUAGUGAGCCAAAAUGAAAUGCAAACAAAACCAGACUAUGUUUGACCUAAAUGAAACAGAACCUUAAUUAGUAUCAUUAAUACCGCCUGUGUUUACCCUACUAUUUCAAAUGGCUGCAGUGAAAAAGGUCUAUUUAACUCUAUAUCCGGGUUUAACUUGGUAGUUUGAGUAGGUACAUUCAUCCUUGUUUUGGCUGUGCACAUCAAAAAGAAAAGAUAGAAUAUCCCCCAACCUAUCCUUCAAGUCUAUAUCGAAGAAUCACUUAAACUCCAAGGCAUGAACCACCUUUAUAUGUAGUAGUGUUCAAACAUACAUAUUUAAUGUACUCCAAAGAAAUACUUGUCUUUUCUUUACUUUGACUUCAGAAUUUCUUACCAUCCACUUAUGUUGUUUACAGUCUGAUAACACUCUAUGUUAUUCUAUUAUUACCAAACUAACAGUCGCUUCAGUUGAUGCAAUAUCUUGAUAUUUUGAUUAGCUGCUGCAACAGUAGCAAACAAUCAUCUUCAAUCAAACAAAGAAUCAAUAUUGCACAGAAACAUUAUAUCCUCUGCUCCCCACCCUCUAAGUCUCCAUCUGGACCAAACCUAGCAUAGGUCUGUUUCAAGCACUGGCACAUCAAACUCCUUGUUACAUUGCUUAUUUUUCUUCCCUACACUUUAGCUCAAAUACACAUUUAGGUGUUUAUUUUACUACACCGAGUCUGUUUGCAUCUGUAGAUUUUACCAAAAGUUACAUAAUGCCUCAUUUGCAUAUUUAAACAUAACAUUUAAGCUAACUUGUAAUACAAAACAUAUUUGUCUUAGUGUAAGUAAUCAGCUGGGGAAGUUUCAUGAUGAUAUCUAUUAGUUAAAAAUUGUAGCCUAUUCACCUGUUGUGUAUUUUACAAUACAUAUCUUUAAAGUUUUUCUCAAAAUUCGUUUUUUUCACAUACUCUGGGCCAUACAUCUCCAGUACAGUAGCACUUACAUACACCAAACCUUCUAGUGUUAUUGAUAUCUAUAUUCUGAAGGUUUACCCCUACAGAGGGAUUUGUUCAUAUCAUUCAUAGCCUGAUUUAUAUCACAUUUUAUUCCUAAAAACAUGAUGAGAAUUGAUUUAUUUUUUUACAGCUGUUGACAGUAUUUUCUGAUUUAUGGAGUGAUAAAAAUAGAUAUCUAAAAUUCCCUCUGUAAAAACAUUUGACUCUAAUAUGUCAACAAAAUGAAAUAAGAAUUUUUAACCUGACAAUGUUCCAAUGUUAAAUUUUCAACUGUGGUGUCUUCCCAUAAACUGUAAUAUUUGUGGUCUGUUUGUGCUUUGCAGUAAUAAAUACUGUAAUACAUGGAA